AUGGAGAAUACUAAUGACACCUCUCAAGAUGUCAUCAAUUUCACACAGAAUGAAGUUCUGAUUAAUAUGCCACAGAACUCUAUGGAAGUACAAGUUAUAACAAUUGUUCUCGCACUUCUAAUAUGCGGAGUUGGGAUAGCAGGUAAUAUAAUGGUGGUGUUGGUUGUGCUGCGCACCAAGCACAUGAUGACCCCUACUAACUGUUAUCUUGUCAGUCUGGCUAUUGCGGACCUUAUUGUCCUUUUAGCGGCAGGUUUACCUAAUAUUUCUGAAGUAGUCGACUCUUGGAUAUACGGCUAUGCUGGGUGCCUUUGCAUCACAUACCUGCAAUACCUGGGUAUCAAUGUAUCAUCCUGCUCCAUCACAGCCUUCACCAUUGAGCGCUACAUUGCUAUCUGCCACUCCAUCAAGGCGCAAUUUAUUUGCACUGUGUCUCGGGCGAAGAGGAUCAUUUCUUUUGUGUGGAUUUUCACCUCGCUUUACUGCAUGAUGUGGUUAUUUUUAGUGGACACGAACAAAACUGUCUACGCCAAUGGGGUGUUGGUCAGCUGUGGCUACCGUGUCUCCAGAAACCUCUACAUGCCAAUUUACUUUCUAGACUUAUCUUUGUUUUAUGUCCUCCCUCUGAUUGUGGCUGUUGUGCUGUACGGUCUCAUCGCAAGGAUUUUAUCCAUGAGCCCCUUGUCAACCAAUCUCAACAGCAAUAGUGAAGGUUCUAUACACCAGGGAUGCUCCAGCAGCACAGUCAAGGUGUUGGGCAAAUCAAACAAGGGUGCAGUGACGUCAAGAAAACAGGUUACUAAGAUGCUUGCAGUGGUGGUGAUUAUUUUCGCCCUGCUCUGGAUGCCAUACCGGACACUGGUGGUGGUAAACUCUUUCAUGGACCCACCCUACCUAAACACAUGGUUCCUGCUCUUCUGCCGCUUCUGCAUCUACACCAACAGUGCCAUCAACCCUAUCAUCUACAACCUGAUGUCUCAGAAGUUCCGGGCCUCCUUCAAAAAGCUUUGCAAGGGCAACGGACAAGACCCAGAGAAGGUUACCAAGUACAAUGUGCCAGUGUAUUACAGUGUCAUGAAGGACUCUUCCCAUGAGAGCCCUGAGCAGACAGAACAGGAGGAUGUCAGCAGUUAUGGGGACACUGGUGGUAAGAGGGUCAACUUCACAGAUAAGUGUGGGAACACCGGCACUAUGUUCAGCGUUGCCUGAUAGACGGACAAAAUAGAAAUACGUUAUUUGUGUAA